AUACCAAAAGUGUUUGGCCGUCGCGCAUUUUCAAUCGCAAAUUAAACGCUGCUUAUAUCGUUUGGCUACGCUAGUCUCGGAUAAUUAAGUAAAUUCAACAGAUUUCGAAGAAUUAAGUGAAGUUGAACGUGGAGAGUUACGUUUUUAAGGGCUCUUUGUUGCACCUGUAAUUUGCGUUGCUGUUUUUUCGUGCAUUUCAAUUCGUUCACACGCACACACACACAUAUUCAAACGGUCGUGCAGCGAAUGCGUGUGUGUGUGUGAAAUUGUGCAAAAACGUGUGACGACAGAAGGGGCGGGGGAGGAGGUGGUGAAUGAGGGGAUUUUGCUAUUGAAAGCGAAUAUUCAUUGUUUUUGUGUGUGCACUAUAAAUUAAUAUUUAAGUGUCUGCGUCAUGAGGGAGCCGCUUACCUCCCGCCAUCGAGUUCAGCAGCCCAGAAGACAGCUGCUCAUUUGGCGAGUGUAAACAAAGCAGCAGACACACACACACAUACCAACACUCACGCACGCACUGCUUCACCUUGCGGCGACUGAGACGCCAACGCCGACUGCAACAACGCUGUACAACUCGAAUAUCGAAUUUCACAUCUUUAAGCCUGAAAAUCUCCAUAUACCACUUCCAUCUGCCGCAUCAUCUUUUGUCUGGCCAACCUGUUGGCUUCCAGACAGGAAGUUAGCCAAUUUUCGCAAGUUUAGCCAAGUGCAGCGACAGCGCAGUCUACAUCGACGGAAGCAGAAACGCUUCUCUGCCAGCGUCUCAGCUGCUGCGCAGCUGUAAACGAAACAAGCAGCUCUUAAAUAAUCGGAUAUGACCUCCAUCUCCGCGGUGGAUGGCGGUCACAGCAGUGAGACAGCCUGGCUGGAGGAUCUGAUGCGCGAGGUGCAGCUGGAGCAGUUCCUGGACAGGAUUCGGGAUGAUCUGCAGGUUACGCGGCUAGCUCAUUUCGACUAUGUUCUGCCCGAUGAUCUGGAACGAUGUGGCCUGGGAAAACCGGCCAUUCGGCGGCUGAUGGAGGCGGUGCGCAAAAAGAAGGCCCAUCAAUGGCGCAAGAACAUCCUGUCCAAGCUGAUUGGCGGUGGAAAACAACCGUCGUCCAAGAAGCAGUCCUCCGCCCGGGAAUCCAAUCAGGGCAAUGGUACCCAAUUAACCUGCCUCAUCCACGAAAAGGACAUCACAAUGGGUCUGAAGCUGGGCGACGGAUCUUUCGGCGUUGUACGAAGGGGCGAGUGGAGUGCCUCACCAACUGGCAAAGUCAUCCCGGUGGCAGUAAAGGUGCUUAAAUCGGAUAACCUCACUCAGCCGGGCAUAAUCGACGACUUCUUUCGCGAGGUUCAGGCUAUGCACGCCCUGGAUCAUCCUAAUCUGGUCCGGCUUUACGGCGUGGUGCUAUCCCAACCCAUGAUGAUGAUCACAGAGUUGGCGGAAAGAGGAUCUCUGCUUGACACGUUGCGAAAACAGUGCCGCUACACAUCGCUGACCAUCAUCUGGAACUGGUCGGUACAGAUUGUGACUGGCAUGGCCUAUCUGGAACAGAAACGCUUCUUGCAUCGCGAUCUGGCUUGCCGAAAUGUCCUGCUAGCUGCUGGGAAUAAGAUAAAAAUCGGGGACUUUGGUCUUAUGCGUGCUUUGCCACAAGAGGAUGAUUGCUAUGUUAUGUCUGAGCACAAGAAGGUGCCUUUUCCCUGGUGCGCUCCGGAAUCGUUGCGCUUCCGUCAGUUCUCGCACGCCUCGGAUACAUGGAUGUUUGGUGUGACUCUGUGGGAGAUGUUUAGCUUUGGCGAGGAUCCUUGGGUGGGGCUAAAUGGCUCACAGAUUCUGCGAAAGAUCGAUCGUGAGGGCGAGCGCCUGCAUCAGCCGGAUGCCUGUCCUCCGGACGUAUACGCAAUGAUGUUGCAAUGCUGGGAUAAAACGCCAGCAGAGCGACCCACUUUUGCUGCUCUCAAAGAGUAUUUGGCCAGUAUGUCACCGCCAGUGAUGCGUGCCUCCCGAAGUCAUCACGAGUCCAAAGGACUCCAGAUAGAGCCAGGCGACACAAUUGCUAUUAUAGAUGGUCGUCACGAACUGAAGUUGAUUAAAGGCCAGAAUCAGCGUACUUUUGACAUUGGAAUCUUUCCCAGGAGUUUGCUGGAACAGCGAAAAGUGGGUGCAGCCGGAGAUGUAGCGAUGCGGAGCAGCAUGGGCAAUGGCUCUUCAUCCUCGCCAUUCGGCUUUUGUUGGGGUGGAGCGGCUGCCAUGGCUAAUGGAGAUGAUCGGCAGAAAAAGUGCUCCUCCAUGACAACCCAGGCCCACGCCAAAGAACGCAAGUCAACGUCAAGCAAGCAGUUUGCCUACAAUAAACUGGUCAACGAGGCGGCAGCAGCGGCGGGUCUCCAUCGUCGCAAUGCAGUGAAGCAUAAGGGUGCCGUGGUGGGUCCUCAACGUCCUCCACCGCCGCAGUUCCAACAGGAAGGAAUACUCAUCGACAUUUCGCCCGACAUGCGACCUUUGUCGGGAAGUGGAGGCGGAGCAGCUGAAGGAUCAGCAGAAAGUUCAUCACUGCAGGCGGACAGCUCUUUUUGCCUUUUGGACGCACCUAUAGACGUACCCACUUAUGCCGAGUCCAGUGGAUCGGGGGAACUAAACGUUUCACCUACAUACUAUAAUGAGCAACCACAAUUUGACUUCGAUCCAGCCAAUAUGACAGCCUCACCUGGGCGCCUACAACCGCCGCCGUACCAGAUGCCACCCACUUACUCUAAUACUAUGGAGUUUGUCCAAAAACGAGAUCUUCAACAACAAAAAUUAGUGACGCCUGUGAGGGAGCGAGAUCCCUUCGACACCACCAAUCUGGAAACGGCUGUGGCAAUCUACUCGAAUUUCAACCAAUCCCUAGAGGCAGCUCCCCCUCCAGCCCCCGUUUAUAACAGUCCUUCGGUCAGAAAGAGCCUUUUCGGUGGAUCCAACUCGAAUAAAGAAAACAUACCGGCCCUGGAAUCAGCGGCUAUGCAGCUUAAUCUAAGUAAUCUCGCUAUGGAGCGACAUGACACCAUCAGUAUACAACAUGUGGAUCCUGUUCCUGCCCCUCCCGCUGAUGGAGUGCUGCUAGACAAAUCCUUCAUUGCUGAAUUGGAAAAGGACAUGUACAGCAACGGCCAGAACCGGACGCAGGAGGAAUACCAGCGUAAUUCUACGCAGAUGUAUGCCACCAAGGACAUGGUUUACAAACAGAAUCUCACGCCACUAAAAAACGGAGCUGGUUCAGCCCACUCAAAUCAUUCCAGUCCCUCGUCGACCGCUUCGCCCAAGCAGAACAAUGUGGAGGCAGCAGGCAACCGCAGCAGCACCAAUCUAAGUGUGGUGAAUCGCAUUUGGUACGAGCAGGAGGCCUCCACGCCGUCCGAGUAUUAUGCACAGCCGCCGCCAGAGCACCCAGAUGAGCAGAUCUACCAAAAUCAUCAUCAGCAGCAGCAGGAAUCGAACCAUUCAUUUGUGGCUAUAUCGAAUCGGAUAGUGGCACCUAAAACCAAUGUGUACUCCUCCUCGGCCGCCCUUUAUGAUGCAGUGGCCGCCAGUACGGCGGGCUCUACAUACUACGGUCAAGUGCCGAAUAGCGGUGGAGGUGUUCGAUACGACGAAGUGACACAGGAUGACUACUUGCGGCCAACUCGACCUGCUCCACUGGCGCCACCUCCUCUUUCCGCUCAACAGAUCCAACGAAGGAUGGAUAAGAUGCGGCUUCAGCAACAACAGGAGCUGGAGGGAGCCCACCAGCUUUAUGCCCCUGUUCCAUCAGAUUACGGACGCGAACAGGAGAAACUGCAGCAGCUAAUGCAGGAGCUGGGUAGCUCCGCUGUGGAACAGGAUGUACGUAAUGCCUUGCGAGCGGCUAGCGGGGAUGUACCCCUCGCUAUGAGGCACUACAAGAUCGACCAACUGGCGAGGUUGGGAGUGGCUGGUCGGCCACAAUGUGAACAGGCUCUGCAACAGACCAACUGGAGCUUAGAAGUGGCAGCUGAAUUUUUACUGCAGUCCACAAAUGCAGGAUAAACUCACAAAAUAACAACCAUGUACAAUGGCCUCGAAUGUAAUUGCUUUAGUUUUACUUGCUGAAUAUUUCUCUAUGAUUAGCUAACGAUGUCUCGAAUCUUUAUCAGAAUACUCCUAAGUGUAGUGCACGAAUGCAAACACACAUUGUCAACGACUGUACAAUACGUUCUAUUUUAUAUAAGCGAUCGUAUAAAAUUAUUUUAUAAUUGUUAUUCGAUGUCUGCAUAUUUCAGAUGCCCCGAAAUUUUCAUUUACAAUUGAAAUCGAGUUGUUUUAGAUAAGGUCACGGUUCGACCGGUUCAGGUCAUAAAUGUCAACGCAUGCAACAAUUAAUUUGUGUUGAAAUCAAAUAAAUGAUAUGUAAUUGUUA